CGGUAUAAGAUGACUUGUACGAUUAGGUGCAAGUUCGCAAAAUGAUAGUUGGAACAGGGGUAGGCCGAAACUCGUUUCAAAUUCACACAGCAGCAUCGUCAUCUUCACUGUUAAUACCGAGAUAUGAAACCCGCUUCGUAUCAAAAUCAAGAAUAAACGGAAAUUUCUCAUAGCUAAGACGAGAUUGACAAAAUGGAUUUUCAUUUAUCUACUUAACCCACCAUAGCAAGUGAUCAGAGAUUUGGAGCAAAGUGAUCUCGAGUGCCAAGCAAAGUCCACUCCACACAAACCCCACAAAUAUAUCAUUAAUUAGAGAGUCAGAAACGAAGAGACACAAAACAUCGAUCCCAUUAAACUAUUCCUUCCCCACAACCACAACGAACGUGCACUUCCCUCAUUUCCCUCCCUCUUCACUCUCCCCCACAAAUCUACACUCUCCUUCCUCUCUAACCUCACUCACUCACCAAAAAAGAAGUAAGCAAAAAAAAAAAAUGUCGUCCUCCGGCCACCACCACCUCUCCAAAACCGACUCCGAGGUCAGCAGCCUGACCCCAUCCUCCCCCGGGAGAUCGUCCCCGCCGCGGAGCACCGCCUACUACGUGCAGAGCCCGUCGCGCGACUCCCACGACGACGAUGGCACCACGACGGGCAAGAACACAACGAACUCGUUCCAUUCCACUCCGGUAAUCAUCAGCCCGAUGGGCUCCCCACCGCACUCCCAGCACUCCAACUCCUCCCUGGGCCCGCACUCACGGGAAUCCUCCUCCACCCGCUUCUCCGGCUCCCACCACCGCAACAACAACAAGAACGACAACAACCACCACCGUCGCGACGGUGAUGAGGACGGCCGGAAGGGCCGCCGCCGCGGUGGAGGAGGGAACAAUAAGCCGUGGAAGGGGUUUGAUGCGAUUGAGGAGGAAGGGCUGCUUUUCGACGGCGACGGGUCGGCUCACGGGCUGAGUGCUCGCCGGUGCUAUUUCCUCGCGUUCGUUGUUGGGUUCGCGCUGCUUUUCACGGUGUUCUCGUUGAUUCUUUGGGGGGCGAGCAAGCCGCAGAAGCCCACCGUCGCCAUGAAGAGCAUAACGUUCGACCAGUUCAUAGUACAAGCCGGCGCGGAUUUCUCAGGCGUAGCGACGGAGAUGGUGUCCAUCAACUGCUCCGUCAAGCUCACUUUCCGCAACACCGCCACCUUCUUCGGCGUCCACGUCACUCCCACUCCCCUGGAUUUGUCCUACUCUCAGCUAACCAUCGCCACCGGAACCGUUAAGGAGUUCUAUCAAUCGAGGAAGAGCCAGAGAACGUUGACGGCGACGGCGAGAGGGAACAAGAUCCCGCUGUACGGCGGGGGAGCCGAGCUGGGCAGCUUCUUGAAGGGCGCGCCGGUUCAGCCCGUGCCGCUGGCGCUCAGCUUGAUGGUCCGGUCGAGAGCGAACGUGUUGGGCCGGCUGGUUAGGCCCAAGUUCUACAAGAGGAUCCGUUGCGUUGUGGUGAUGGACCCUCGCAAGAUGAACUUGGCGAUUCCCCUGAAGAACAAAUGCACCUACCAGUGAAUCUGAUCUAUUAUUGCCUCUUGUCUGCUGUCAGACGUUGGUAGUUGGUCUUUUGGGCCCAUCAUGAGCCCAAAAAAUGGCAUGCCCUUGACCUUGAGUAAGGUGUUAGAUACCAUCGUUGUAAUUUUGCUAUUUACAUAUAUAGAUGAGAUAUUUUCAUUAAUAAAAUGUCAAUGUCUGC